UGGAUUCCGCACGAGAUUUCUGUCGGAGUACAACAUGUCGGCGUUCAAGAGAAAACGUGGAAAACAGGCUGCGAAUAAAAAGGCAAAGAAAGUGAAAUAUGCCGCCGAAGGAGGGGAAGCCCCUACGGAAGCCGAACAGGAGAAGACAAAUGAAAUCACGAUUCCGCCGCCAGUUUCGUUGGGAAGAUGGACAAACAAGGAAAGGGUUCUUAUCUUCUCCUCAAGAGGCAUCAACUAUAGAACAAGGCACUUGAUGCAAGACCUGAGGACCUUGAUGCCUCAUUCAAAAGCAGAUACAAAAAUGGACAGAAAGGACAAGUUGUUCAUUAUUAAUGAGGUUUGUGAAAUCAAAAAUUGCAACAAAUGCCUCUUUUUUGAAGCCAAGAAAAAGCAGGACCUCUAUAUGUGGAUUUCAAACAGCCCUCAUGGACCGUCUGCAAAGUUUCUGGUUCAAAACAUUCACACACUGGCCGAACUCAAGAUGACCGGAAACUGUCUCAAAGGAUCCAGACCGCUGCUCUCGUUUGAUCCUAAAUUUGACACACAGCCCCACUUUGCGUUGCUGAAGGAGCUCUUCACCCAGACGUUUUCCACCCCGCGCUACCACCCGAAGAGUCAGCCUUUUGUGGACCACGUCUUCACAUUCACCAUCGCAGACAACAGGAUAUGGUUUAGGAACUACCAGAUCAUGGAGGAGGACGCCGCUCUCGUGGAGGUCGGUCCUCGCUUUGUUCUCAACCUCAUCAAGAUCUUCCAGGGGAGCUUCGGAGGGCCUACGCUCUUCGAGAACCAAGAAUUCCAGUCUCCAAACAUGCACCGGCGAGAUAUUCGAAUGGCGGCGGCGGCCAGAGUGCGUGAGAAGCAGAUGGUGACGGAGAUGCAAAAGCUGAAGAGGGCCGAAGCGAAGGAGGACGUGACCACCGACGUCACGGCCGACGUCUUCAUGACACCCGCCGACGAAACGCACGUUCACAUCCAGACGGACGCGCCUCUGCCGAAAGUAGUGAAGAAGAACAAACACAAAGCGUUCAAAAGACAAAGGAUAGCACGCAGGGCUCAACUUAAGUGAGGAGCGCACCGCUGCCUUGAUUUAUUAUCGACUCACAUGUGGUGACGCCUCCAUACAAUAUUAUGAACUUUGUUAGGUUAAAAAACUUUGCAACACGUCAUUUUAUUGUCACUUUUGAGAAUUUAAAAUAUGCUUGUGUUGUGUUCAAUGUCUUUUGCCGGUCUAAUCGAGACUAAACUGUAACUUUACUUCAUCCUUUUUGAUAAAUGGAAAUAUUCCAUCGAUGUAAAAAAAUAACCUUUUUUUUGAUUUGCAGUGACCGGUUGGGUUUCAAUAAUAAAACAAUUUAAACAUUC